AUGGCAGACAAAUCCCAAAGCAUAUCCAGAUCUUCAUCGAUUAGUUAUAGUGAUUUAAGUGUUCCUAAAACUUGCAUAAUUAUUAAUAAUCUAACCAAGGGUGAUUUUGUUGUUGAUUCCAACAAACCACAAUUGUUAGACACGAAACGAUUAUCAUUGGCUGAUCAAAUCAAAUUGAGCAUAUUAAAUCAUGAUGAUUACAUCCAAAAGAUUCUGAAUUGGUCUAAUUUACCCUUUUUGAAUAGAAUUAUAAUCAUUUUUGAUGAUGAAUUGCUGGCACAAUCAGCUCAUACUUAUUUAUCCAAUGAAAGUGAAUUAUUAUCAAUGUUUCCAUAUAUUAAGAUAUCAUUACAAGAAAAUUUAUUACGUCAAUCAAAAUCUACUGAUAAUUUAACAAACUUGGGAGUUACAACUAGUUUAGAGAAGUUUAAGAAUUUCUAUAAUGAUCCAAAUAAUGAAUAUGCUGAUUAUAAUGAACCAGAACCUAAACAAUUUAAUGUCUUAAGUGAUUUAGCUAAAUUGGGAAUUGACUUGACCGAAUAUAAUAAUGAUGAACAAAUACAAGAAUUGCGAAUUCAACAAGACGAAGAACAAGAAAGAUCAAGAUCGAGAUCAUUAUCGCCAAAGAGACCAGACUUUAUAACUAGAAGGUCAUCUACAAAGACUUUAUUUAAACCUGGAUUGCAUGUGAAGACUGAUUCUAAUAGCAAUACGUUAAAGAAACCACAAGCAACUAAUUUUCCAACAUCACCUACAAUUACAUUGGAUGAAACAUUUUAA